UAAGGGCGUUAACCGUACCCGAACUUUAACCCGAUCCAAGCUAAACCGGCCCAAAUUGAAGCGUUGUAUUGUAUGGAUCAAGAAGUAUUAAAUCUGUGCCAAUGAGAAGUGGCUCAGAAUUGCGAACAACAUCUAAUGGGGCCCAUCAUAUCUAAACAGUGAGGAGUCGAAUAAUGGAGUGGACAGUGGAAGUGCCAAUCUGGAGAAUACGAAACGAUAAUACUGUGCUCCCUCCAGCGAAAAGUUUGGGUGCUGAUGAUCGGAAAAGAGCACGGUAAAUGGAGCUCCUCUCGCUGCAUUCUCCUCCUGCAGUCGGUCUACAUUGCUCUUCCUUACGAAAGGUUUUAACCGGAAAGCGAAACAUCUUUGGUCAGGGUCUCACAUUUUCCAAUUCAAAGAGGUAUCCAGAUGCCACCAACCUCAAAUUUCUUGAUUGCAGAGCUCAAGCAUCUAAUUCGGGCACAACUAAAGCCAAUCCAGGGAACUCAGAGGUCAUUACACAGGAAAGCCAAUCAGAAGAUGAGAAUCUUGCAUUUGUUGCUGGUGCCACUGGUAGAGUUGGUUCACGCACUGUAAGGGAGCUUCUAAAACUUGGCUUCCGCGUCAGAGCAGGCAUCAGAAAUGCUCAAAAAGCAGAACCAUUGGUGCAAAGUGUUCAACAGAUGAAACUUGAUGCUGCAGUUGAAGCCACAGGAGUUCAACCUGUAGAGAAGCUUGAAAUUGUUGAAUGUGACUUGGAGAAUCAAGAUACAAUUGGAUCGGCUAUCGGUGAUGCAUCCUUGGUGAUAUGCUGCAUUGGUGCCAGUGAAAAAGAAGUUUUUGAUGUCACUGGACCAUAUCGAAUUGACUACCAGGCUACUAAAAACCUUAUUGAUGCAGCAAUCAUUGCAAAAGUUGACCACUUUAUUUUGGUUACCUCCCUGGGUACAAACAAGAUUGGAUUCCCUGCUGCUCUUCUGAAUUUGUUUUGGGGAGUUCUUGUUUGGAAAAGAAAGGCCGAGGAAGUACUGAUAAGCAGUGGCCUUCCAUACACUAUAGUAAGGCCUGGAGGGAUGGAGCGGCCUACCGAUGCUUAUAAGGAAACUCAUAAUAUUGUUCUUGCUGAAGAAGACACUUUAUUUGGUGGUCAAGUGUCAAACCUUCAGGUAGCUGAACUUAUCGCAUUCAUGGCCAAAAAUCGAAGUCUAUCUUACUGUAAAGUGGUAGAAGUCAUUGCAGAAACAACUGCAACACUGACUCCCUUUGGAGAGCUUCUUGCCAAGAUACCAUCUCAGCGUGUGGAUAGCUCUGCAUCAAAGGAACUGCAACGUUCAAAGUUACCUGAUCUUUCACCCAUAUCUGAAGCUAAGAGUGAUACCAUUGAGAAAGAACCUGCCCAAAUGACAGUGGAGACAACAAGACCACUCUCUCCAUAUAUUGUAUAUGAAGAUUUAAAACCACCAACAUCUCCUACUCCAACUCCAAGCAAUGUUCCUGGAACUUCUCAAGCAAGAGAUACAGGUUCUGUAGAGGAAGAAUUGAAGUCCAUCGUUUCAGAUAUUCAAACUAACUUGUCAGAAUCCACAAGCACGGUUGCUGAAAAGGAAUCUAUCCAAACAGAAAUGAAGAAAGCAAGGCCUCUCUCUCCCUAUAUUGUUUAUGAUGAUCUAAGGCCACCAACAUCUCCUACUCCAACUCCAUCUGGUGGUCCCAAAGUACAUAUAAAUGUCAAGCAAGCAGAGUCAAAGCCUGAUGCAGCAGAUGUUGGCAUCAGCAUACCACGUCCAAUAACUGCUGAUGCUGAUACAGAUUUGGCUAAAGAUGAAGUGCAGAAAGCAGGGCAUCUUUCACCUUAUGUUGUUUAUGAGAAUUUGAAACCACCUACAUCUCCAGCCCCCACACCAAGUGGUUCUCAAGAAAAACUGGUUAAAUCCGUGCCACCAGUCAAGGCUGAAUCACCAUCUCCCGCUGGUAGUUAUGUAGCAGAGAGAACACUUACUGAAAUAGUUGAAAGGGAGUUUCCUCAAGUUCCAACUCAGAAACCAAGUAACCUUUCACCAUACUAUGUGUAUGAUGACUUGAAGCCACCUACUUCACCAUCUCCUAGUGUACCUACUGUAUCUAUCCUCUCAACGUCUACUACAGAUGGUGGAGCUCUGAUGCCUUCCAAGUCUAGCAACGAUGAAGCUCAACCUGUACCAUCUGAUAAUCCGGGAGUCAAAGAGCAUUCUGACAGGCCAAAAUCAAGGCCACUUUCUCCUUUCACUAUGUAUGAGGACUUAAAACCCCCAACCUCCCCCAUGCCAUCCUAAAGUUAUAGGACUCUCCAUUGACCUACUGAGUACGGGGUCUGGACAGUCGCAUAGGAUGACCUGCCGAGGUUUAAAUUCAAACCUGUUGGAUUUGUGAGGGUGUGGCAAUUGGCAAACACGUACUACAUGGAUAUGCAAUUUUCAAUGGAAUUCGCUCGUCUAAACCUCUCUAUUGGUUUGUACUGUUUACAUUAAUUUUCUGAUUCGAAUAUUAAUUUUGUUUUAAGUUUCAAGCUUUAAAGCCUA